UUCACUGUGAUCUCGCGAUGCCCAGUGUCUCGCUCGCUCGCGAGGAGGAUGUGUCGGUGAGGUAGUGGAGGCGCUGAUGGGCUCUCUGGGAAUGAAUGAGGAAUAAUAAGGCGGCGUGGGUUAUGAAGGUGGGGCGGCAGGGCGCUGGUCACUGGCAUAAAACACAUCCACACACAUGCGGACAGCAGAAAAAAUUGUCUCCUGAAAGCUAUAUGAAUAUGUUUGUUGGUCUUGUGCAAAAACCAUGGCACACGAUGUGCAGGUUUUAUCUCCAACAUUAUGCUACCAGAGCUGGUGUGGCCCAUUAUGUAUAUAGGAGCAACGUGGCCCAUCGGUAUCUCUUCAAUAAUGUAGGAUUAAAUCUUCCUAUCAGCGCUGUUGCCCAGCUGCGUUUAUGUUCAUCUAGUGGCAAAAAGGAUGGCAUUAAUGAGCAUAGUCACAGCACUACUUCAACAGAAUCCAAUACUCAGCAAGAUCCCAAAAGAGCUGGGUCAAGUUCUCUAAGUCAACCUACUUUGGAGCAAAUUCAAGUGAAAGUUAAAGCUAUUCUGAAGAAACGAGAUUAUGGGUCCAAAUAUACUCAAAAUAAUUUCAUCACAGCUAUGCGAGCAAUGAAUGAGUUCUGUCUAAAACCCAGUGACUUGGAGAAGUUGAGGAAAAUAAGACGGCGAAGUCCCCAUGAUGAUUCAGAGGCUUUUACUGUACACUUGAGAUCUGACGUAGAAGCCAAGGCGCUUGAGGUGCACGGAAGUCUAGAAGCUCUUGCAAGGGCAAAGAAGCAACGUAAAGAAGAAGAAAUUGCAUACAGAGAAAAUCUUUUCAGGAACCAGAGGUUAAUGAAGGAAUACAAGGACUUUUUGGGUACCACAAUGCCUAAGUCAACUAAAUCAACACCAUUUUUACAAGGACCAGGAAAGGUUGUAUUGGUUGCUAUCUGUAUCAAUGGACUGAAUUUUAUCUUCAAACUACUUGCCUGGGUUUAUACAGGGUCUGCAUCAAUGUUCUCAGAAGCUAUACACUCACUGGCUGACACCUGUAACCAGGCAUUACUAGCAGUGGGUGUCGUUCAAUCUGCUAGGACUCCAGAUGCUGGCCAUCCGUAUGGAUUUACAAAUAUGCGCUCCAUUGCAUCUCUCAUUAGUGGCGUAGGAAUUUUUAUGAUGGGUGCAGGACUUUCCAUGUACCAUGGAGUUAGCGGACUUUUACACCCCCAUCAUAUAGAAUCCUUAAUGUGGGCCUAUUUUAUUCUGGCUGGCUCAUUAGUGUCGGAAGGAGCAACACUUUUGGUAGCAAUAAAUGAACUCCGAAAGAGUGCUCGAGCUAAAGGAAUAACAUUUUAUCAAUAUGUGGUACAUAGUCAUGAUCCAACCACCAAUGUUGUACUGAUGGAAGAUGCAGCUGCUGUGCUGGGAGUGUUGUUAGCAGCCGGCUGCAUGGGGCUAACUUCCCUUACAGGUAAUCCUUAUUAUGACAGCAUUGGCUCUCUUGGUGUUGGAGCACUUCUGGGUACCAUUUCUUCAUUCUUGAUCUACACAAAUACUGAGGCUCUGAUUGGGAGGUCUAUCCAGCCAGAAAAUGUACAAAGACUUACUGAACUUUUAGAGAAUGACCCUUCAGUAAGGGCUGUCCACGAUGUAAAAGCCACAGACAUGGGCAUGAAUACAGUUCGAUUUAAAGCAGAAGUUGAUUUUGAUGGAAGGAUAGUGACAAGAUCUUAUCUGGAGAAGCAAGACAUUGAUGCAAUCUUAAAUGAAAUUCAGCAGGUAAAAUCUCCUGAAGACUUAGAAACAUUUAUGCUGAAACAUGGAGAGAAUAUUAUUGAUACACUGGGAGCUGAGGUUGACCGAUUAGAAAAGGCACUUAAGCAAAAACAUCCGGAUGUGCGCCAUGUGGAUUUGGAGAUCUUGUAAAAAUGCCAGGAACAUCUGAUGAAGAUCAUUGCAACUACAAGGAGGGGAAAAAAGUCCAUUAAUCCUUUUGUCGUCAUUAUAAGCUGCUUUUCAAUGUUUUUAAGACAUUUCACAGUAUAAUUUAUGUAAGAUUGACAGACAAAGUUGCAGUGGUAUGAAGGGAUCUAGUGUGUUACAUAGUUGAGGAAUUAGUUAUAAUAUUGUUCAUUAGCUGUACCACAAUUUUGAAAUCUCCUCUUGACUGUUCAUCAGAAUGUUGUCAAAGUGAAUAUGCGAACGUGUCAGGAAGGCAGGAAAGAGGUUGAAAUAGGUAGCUUUUGCCACCUGUUCACAGGUUGGAUAGAUUGACCAACCUGAAUAGAGUUUCCCUGUUUUACUAAUCUAAAUUCUGUUUCAGCUUGUUCAGUUUUGACAUAAUGCUAGCCCUAAAAAUGACAGCUAACUUCAAAUAAACCCUUUUUUAAACUCUUGGUCCAUUGAGUUUACUAGUACAAACAGUUCAAACUAAAAUUGUAUGGAGGUUGUAUAUCUUAUAUACAUUGUCUUAAUUUUCUUUUGAAAUUCAGAGAAACACUUUAGAAGGUGAGGAAAGUAAUUUGUAUUUAGAUUGAAGUUUGAAGUUUCGUGUUCAUAUUAGGGGAGUAUUUUUUGUAUGUGAAGUUAUCAAGUAGUACGUCAUCUCAUUAUCUAUAUACACAGAAACCAAGAAGUUGACUUUUACUUUAUGAAAUACUUAACAAACCAAAGUGUAUAUUGUGUAGCAGUAAUCUGGGAAACUGAACAACACUGCUUAAGACAGAGAGCUGAAUUUGUCCUUGUACAUGGAGUUUUCACAUUGAUCCACCAAAAUAAGUGUUUGUUUACUAAUGACAAUCAGAACAUGAAAAGCAGUGGACUUGGUUUUCAACUUAAAACUUACAACUUUGUUUACAUUGCAAAAUGAACUGAAAUUAGGUAGAAAAUUAGCUGUUGAAUUUAGUGAUAUAAACCAUGUAAGUAUAUUUAUGAAAUUUAACAGUAAGUAGAAUAUACUGGAGUUAUAUCUUUCAUGACAGCAUGUGAGUUUGAGUUGUUAGGGCUAAAGCUGCUGAGAAAACCUUGAGAUAUGUAGUUCCUCUUUUAAGGGUGCUAGAUGAUGCAAUGAUUAACCUAAUCCAUUUGAUUCUGACACUUGGUGGAAGUAAAGGAAGUUUCAAUAUUUCCUCUCUGUGCCGUUUAUAAGGGACUCAAUGAAAAAUCAAUAGUUCAAAAUGCCUGUAACUAAAACUAUUGAAAUUUGGCUCAAACUGAGAUGACAGAAUUCAGCCUUACAAAAUUAACAAAUCACUUUUUUUUUACUUAUUUGUUUUGUUUAUUUUUCUCUUUUUUUUUGAGGGAUGGGCAGAUCAUGCAGCUUCAUGAUACAAAUCAUUUCUAGGAAUGCAACAUCCGCCCUACCCCCACCCCUCACCAAAUCCAGUAAUGCAAGUUAUCUGUAAUUUCAGGAUAUUUGGAAUAGAAAAUUAAAACAAACAUACCUUUUUGAAUUGGAAGACAAAUUUUGAGAAUGGAAUCAGGGUAACCUAAUCUAGAUAUAAUUGCUAUGCCAAAAUGUUGAAUUUUUCAAUAAUGGUAUUGUGGAUUCUGACUGUUUAAUGAUAUUUUCAGUUACUGUACAUCGUCAAUUUUUACAUGUACAAAAUAAUUAACUCUAAAUUUUUAAUUUUUUCAUAGAUAAGUUUCUUCUAGUAUUUGGUUAGCUUUUAUUGUGAAAAAGCCUGAAUGAUAUAAAAGAAUGCAUUAAUGAUUUGCAUGUUAAAACUGGCCAAAAUAGUUCAUCUGCAGACAACAUAAAUGCUAAUUAUUUUGAACAUGUUAUGCUGCUCAUCCAAUAGAAAUAUUUAUGACAGUUUCUUUCCUGUUUUGUUAAAAAUAGAAAAUUCUGGAAGUUCAGCAGGUCAAGCAGCAGAGACAGUGGGUAGGAAUGAAUAGUACAAAAGAAAUGUCUCUGAUUGUUUGUCCCCAUAGCAACCCUUCUGUUACCCUAUCAAAGAUAUAAUUUUUGCUUACUUAAUGAAGGAAUCCACCAGGUCUUGUAAAAGCCUGUUACCACUUGAUGGAAAUGUUAACACUAGCUUUAAUGGGCUAUCAAUAACCUGGUAUGCAAAUGAAGUAUUAAUAAAUAUAGGUUAUUAUUUGUAUUAAGGAUGAAGCAAUCUAAAUUAUGCCCAUACCUUAACAACUUGUUGAUAAACAUUUUAAAUGUUUAAUAUUAAAGGAAUACAGUGGAUUCUGGUUAAUUGGGACACAUUUGGACCAAUACAUUUUGGCCCAAUUAAGUGGUUGCCCCAAAUAGCAGAAAUUGCAUGGAAAUAGUUAAAUGGGUAUAAAAAAUACAAACUACCAUUUAACUGAGUAACAAAUUGUGUAUUUAAAUGAAAUACAGAACAAAUUAGAACAUUACAUAUGUCACUGCAGUACUAUAAAACUGCGUAUUGGUUCCUAAUAGUCAUUGACGGAGGAAUUCAUCCUCUGAAUGCUGCCGUGUUCUUUUGAUAGACUGUAAAUGAACAAAAUCAGUACUGGUACCUAGUGACAGUUGUUUUCGACGAUUAUAUCUUCAAAAUCUUCUUUUUCAUUGUAACAUUCAAAAUGAUUGCUGAUA